AUGCUUUCGGAGACACAAAAUGAUAGUAACACGCCACUAGACGAAAAGGUUCUCACUUGGUCUGACGAGGACAGCGGUCUAAACCCGGUCAUUGACAGCGCUGAAUUUGCUUAUAAGCAAACAAAUAUCGUUCAAGUGAACGAUGAAGGCAUAUCCGUUGCUGCUCGUCACAUAUACCACAAAAUCAAAGUCGAGUCAUAUACCCCUAGGACGUGGCGUACACACCCUCUGCACUUAAUUCCAGUCGAGCCCUACGUUGCUUCAGAGCCUUCCAAUAAGAAAGUCCUCGAUUGGAUCUUCUUGAUUUCUUCACUAAAUUUCAGCUUUUGGUCAUCGCGAGAAGGUCACCCCGAUCGAUAUGGUGUUGAAUGGAAAUCUGGGUGGGACGACUUAGGAGACAGUCGCAGAUUGUGGACAGGGUACUGGAGUCUUGUAGCAGCGUUGAACAGAGCUUUACACGAUGACAACAUUCCAAUCAGCGAUCCAUAUUUCUACUCCUCAAAAGUUCUCUGUCCAGAUUCACUCAUCGAAUCUGUAUUUCGGCCUGCAAGUCAAUGCAGCGAAACUGUUCCCCUUCUUCAAGAACGAAUUUCUGUCAUGCGAGAGGUUGGAUUUAUUUUAUGUACUAGCUUCGGAGGAUCAUACCAAGGGUUUCUUGAGGAGUUUCAACGCCGACAUGAUGGCCAGGGAACAGCACUUGACCUGGUGAAAAUGGUCACUGAUACCUUUCCUUCGUUCAGAGAUGAAGUUUUCUAUAACGGCAAAAGAGUUUGCUUUUGGAAACGGGCCCAAAUUCUAGUCGCUGAGACUUGGGCUGCAUUCUAUCCUGACCCAACGGUCACUAAUACACACCCGUUAUUUCCCGGUAUCCGUGGACCUGUAAUCCAAGACUUGACAAUGUUCGCUGAUUAUAGGGUCCCUCAAAUCUUGCACCAUCUCAGAAUCCUUGUAUACCCAGCUUCCCUCGUUCGCAAACUUGGGGAAGGGAUUGACAUAGCACCUGGAUCGAAAGAGGAGACCAGUCUGCGUGCGGGAAGUAUAGUCGCCGUCGAAAGAUUAAAGGACGCGAUUUUGGCUCUCAUCGCGGAGGCUCCAAAUCAGAGCAACAGCAUCCCUAACGAAGUCAGCAGUGUUUUGAUCGAUUUUUUCCUAUGGGAUCUGGCCAAAAAGUUAGAGAGGGGAGACGACAAAAUUGAGGGGAUCAAAACUGCCCACAUUUUGCCCGCUCACCGCACCAGAAGUAUUUGGUAUUGA